AUGGCUAAAAAUGAUUCAUUAACACCUGAAACAUCCGUAUUUCAUACCACUUAUAAAAAUGAUCGUUCAUCAGCUAUAUGCGCAACUGUACCUGUAUCAACAAUAACUACUAUUGCUACUUGUCCUGAAAACAAAGUAUGUAUUCUCCAGCCGACCACUUUAUUGAUCCACGGUACGUUACCUUUAAAUGACGAUAAGAAGGAUGAUGAUGAUACAACGAUUCUUAAUGGUAUACAACAACAAAAACAAUCUAAGAAAUCGCUUGUUGAAACAUCUUGUGAUGUAAAGAAAUCAGAAAUAAGAUGUGGUUUUUGCAAUGGUACACGUUACAUCAUACUUCUUAUAUCAGUUCUAAGUUUGACCGCUACACGUUCAAACGAGAUGACCUUCAAUAUAGCCGUUGUUUGCAUGACAUCAAAUACCAGUGUUGAAGGGGUGGAAUCAAUAAAAAUAUCACCUCGCGAAACGAGUGUGAUAUUUGCGGGAGGUGGUAUAGGUGCGAUAAUAUUCACAUUACCAAUCGCUUAUGCACUUCAUCAUUUCGGAUCACAGAUCAUUUUUAGCAUUCUUCUUCUUUUUUCUUCAUUUGGUACAGCAUUAAUGCCAUUUGCCGCACGUAAUGGUGUUCCAUGGAUGGUAUGUGUUCGUAUUGUGCAAGGUAUAGCUUUCGCUUCAGCUAUGCCGCUGAUCGGUUGUGUUAGCGCAAAUUGGGCUCCUAUCGCAGAGAUCGGUAAAUUCUUGAGUUUACUCUCAUUAGGCAGUCAAUUGUCACAGAUUGUUACGAUGCCAUUAGCGGCACAUUUAUGUGUCAAAUUUGGAUGGCCUUCUGCCUUCUAUGCACCAGCACUUAUAUCUGCCACUUUAGCAUUUAUAUUUUUUGCUUUUUAUCGUCAUGAUCCCACGAAACAUCCAUGCGUUACUUCCGACGAGAUACUUCUUAUAGCGGAUGGAACACAACGUAAGGAUCGCAAAGAGAUCUCAGUACCUUAUCGAUCUAUUGCAACCAGUCGUUCUGUUUGGGCCAUAUGGAUUGCGUUUUUGGGCAAUUCAUUUGGAUAUCAACUUGUUGUUCAAUUUAUGCCAACAUAUCUGAACAAAACUUUGGCAGUUCCAAUCGAGCGAACUGGUCUGUCAACAACAUUACCACCUUUUGUCCAGUUAUUUGUUAAAAUAGUCGCUGGUAUUCUUUCUGAUAAAAUAACUUGCAUUUCGGAAAAGCUUAAGCUUCAAUUAUUUAAUACGAUAGCAAUGGUAGGAUGCGCUUUAUUUCUGAUACCGCUUGGCUUUCUAAAUCCAGAUCAUGUUGGAAUUGCUCUACUUUCAUUUACGGGUGCUGUAAGUUGUAUUGGAUUAAUUGCUAGUGGUUCUAUGAAAUCAGCUCCAUUAAUUGCUCGCACAUUUACCGAAUUUAUUAUGGCUGUUGUUCAACUAGUAAUAUGUAUCAGUAUGCUUUUGGUACCAUUUAUGGUCAGUACAUUAGCACCGAAUAAUACCAUACAAGAAUGGCGCUAUAUCGUAUUUGCGACAGCUUUCAUUUUAAUACUAUCUAAUGCAAUAUUUUGCUGGCUGUGUAGCGCCGAACCAGAACCUUGGGCUUUGCUUGUUGAAGAGAAAUCUGGAAAUAAUUGUGAAGCCAAAGAGAAAUUAAGUCAGGAAGAUAUAGUUUAA